GUCCCAUCCUCCUCCAAAAGCCAGGAUCUGCUCUUCCAGACGGACUGGAUUCCCCCCUCUUUCUCUCUCGAUAGCCAUCAGCCAUGUGGAGAAACUCAUCGAGUUUCUCUUCCAAGCUCUUCUCACUCUCUCGUGCAAACCCUAACCCUAACUCUCCCAUCUUUCGCGGCGCCGAUGGCGUCCGUACACCGCUCUUCCCACCACCAUCUCACCUCCACUCGUCGAGCUCAGGGAUCCCUCCGUCCGUCGAUCCCUUGAAACCAGCGCUUGCAAAGUCCGAGGCGGGAAGAUCUUUCGGAUUCGCUUCUUCGUCGUCAGCCGCGAUCCUUAGCUCUCCAGCAUCUGCUUCGGUUGCGGAGGCGGUCCGGCAUUAUGGCCAGUGCUACUGGGAGCUUUCGAAGGCUCGGCUCAGCUUGCUUGUUGUUGCAACUUCUGGAGCGGGCUUCGUCCUUGGGAGUGGCAGCAUUAUUGAUUUUUCUGGACUUUGUUGGACAUGUGCUGGGACCAUGAUGGUGGCAGCUUCUGCUAACUCCUUAAAUCAGGUGUUUGAGAUAAAUAAUGAUGCUAAAAUGAAAAGAACAAGGCAAAGACCUCUUCCAUCUGGACGUCUUGGUGUUGCUCAUGCAGCUAUAUGGGCAUCUAGUGUUGGAGUUGCUGGUACAACUUUACUGGCGUGGAAGGCUAAUGCCUUGGCAGCAGGGCUUGCAGCUUCUAAUCUUGCUCUUUAUGCAUUCGUAUAUACCCCUUUAAAGCAAAUACACCCAGUAAAUACUUGGGUUGGAGCUGUUGUUGGCGCCAUUCCUCCACUUCUUGGGUGGGCAGCAGCUUCUGGUGAGAUUUCGCUCAAUGGGAUGAUUCUACCUGCUGCCCUCUAUUUUUGGCAAAUACCCCAUUUUAUGGCCCUUGCAUACUUCUGCCGCAAUGAUUAUGCUACUGGCGGCUUUAAGAUGAUCUCUCUUGCUGAUCCUUCUGGUCAGAGGACUGCGUUGGUAGCUUUGCGGAACUGCCUUUAUCUACUUCCCUUGGGAUUCCUAGCUUUUGAUUGGGGUGUCACCUCAGAAUGGUUCUGCAUCGAAUCAUCACUCUUUACACUGCUCUUGAGUGCUGCGGCAAUGUCAUUUCACCGCGACCGCACAACGAAAAAUGCCAGGCGGAUGUUUCAUGCCAGCCUUCUGUAUCUUCCCGUAUUUAUGGCCAGCAUGCUUCUCCAUCGCCACCCCAAUAAUCAUCCAGAGCUCACAGUGGCCGAUUCAGAUGGGCUCCUUGAGCUUCCAUUCUCUGCUGUGGAAGGGCAGGAGAGUGAGAAGAAGAGAAGUCAAAAUAAGCUGAAGAAAAACCCAGUUGGAGCACAAGCUCGUCCGCCUGUUGCUUAUGCCUCCAUCCCUCCUUUCCCAUUUUUGCCAGCUCCCUUGUACAUUUCGCCUGAUCAAUAAGUUUCAGUUGUCUGCAGGUGUCGGACUGUAACAAGCAAACACUGCGGUUGGGAGUUGUGUGCCGAUAUCUGUAAGAUACCCUUUGUUUUUCUUCAAAUUCUCUUGGGAGGCUUUUUUUUCCAUCUUUGCUUCUUUCUCAAGUUCCAUCUGAGUGAGAUGAUUGGUAGCAAUAACGGAUCUGUAAGUUGUCCAUGACCAGUACAUUUAUUUUGCAGUGUGAUUUUCUUGAUUUAUUUGUUUUCA